GCUGUGGUUACUUCAUGAUUCUCACACAAGCACUCAGAAGACGUCAUCAGGCAGAGGCAGUAAGAGGUUAAAAGACAGCAAGGAUAACACUCUCAAAGCUGGGACCUAGGCGGUCUUCCAGGGAAGAUGAAGCUCCUCUUGAUCCUGCUGACAUUUUCACUGGCCCCCAGGACAAAGGCAGGGGAGAUCAUCGGGGGACAUGAAGCCAAGCCCCACUCUCGACCCUACAUGGCCUUUCUUCAGAUCAAGAAUCAGAAUUCUGUGAGGAGAUGUGGUGGCUUCCUUAUACGAGAGGACUUUGUGCUGACUGCUGCUCACUGUUCAGGGAGCUCAAUAAAUGUCACGUUGGGAGCCCACAACAUCAAAGAACAGGAGAAGACCCAGCAAGUCAUCCCUGUGUUAAAAAUCAUUCCCCACCCAGACUAUAAUUCUAAGAAAAUCUCCAAUGACAUCAUGUUAUUAAAGCUGAAGAGUAAGGCCAAGAGGACUAAAGCUGUGAAGCCCCUCAACCUGCCCAGGCGCAAUGUCCAUGUGAAGCCAGGGGAUGUGUGUUCUGUGGCUGGUUGGGGAAAGAUGGCCUCAAAGGGCAAAGAAUCAAACACACUACAAGAGGUUGAGCUGACAGUACAGAAGGAUCAGGAGUGUGAGUCCUACUUAAAAAAAUAUUACAACAAUGCCAGUCAGAUAUGUGCAGGGGACCCAAAGACGAAACGUGCUUCUUUCCGGGGGGAUUCUGGAGGGCCUCUUGUGUGUAAAAAAGCGGCUGCAGGCAUCGUCUCCUAUGGACAUAGUGAUGGUUCAACUCCACGGGCCUUCACCAGAAUCUCCAGUUUCCUAUCCUGGAUAAAGAAAACUAUGAAAAGAAGCUAACUACAAGAAACAACAUGGAUCAUUUUCUGAGUAGCCAUCUUCCCUAUAACUGAGUCCAGGAUUGCUCUAGGACAGAUGGCAGCAACUGAAUAAAGGACUUUUUCCAGACUGGGAAGACUGGUUUUAUGUCCAUUCACAGGGACCAACUCUGUCCUUGGCAGGACAAUGGAACACUUCUGCCACCAUGCUGUGAAAACCCAGCUGACAUCUUCCUAUGGUAGUUUUCUCUCUCUACAAGAGAAGUAGAAAGUUUGCAUUUGACCCAGGCAUGCACUCCUUCCCCUCAGGGUCCUUAGAAUGUUAUUUAAUGCAAGUCAUCAUUAAUAGCUACCUAGAGAAUUUUCAUACAGUUUCACCCAAGUCUCUGAUGUGUUCCCUGGAAUAGAACAAGAAAUGAAUAAACAGAAUUCCUUUUG